UUAUUUUGACUUGACUAGAUUCUGUUCACAAGAGAUUAACUGUGGAGAAAUCUUAUCUGUUUAUAUACCUUUUUUUUCUUGGCUACUGUACUGGUCAUCCAUUGAUACACCUAUAACCAACUACAAUGGCGUCCAAUCUUCUCAAAAUUCAAUUGCACACUACUCCAACUCCAAACACAAAAUUCGAAUCCCAACUCGCAAAUGCAUUCUCUUCUCUAUCUUCAUUUCGUGUUCAUCAUCACUGCCACCUCUCCUCCUCUACUACAAGCGUAUUUCAUAACCACAAAAACUCUUCGCCGUGGAUCAAGGUCCCGAUCAGAAGCUCCUUACCUUCUUCAAGCCCACCUACCUCAAAAGAAUCGGCCAUUCUCCAAGCCAAGACAUGCCUCUCAAGCACACUAGAAAAACCCCUCAAUAACACCAAGCUCACCAACAAGCUCAAGAGAGUGAAGCAACCCAGAUUCCGGGUCGAGAUUCCGGUCAUUGAUGACUCCCCGGAAUCUCUCUCCCGAUUAUCUUUCGAGGUGUUUGGAGAACUACCAUUCAAAAGAAAAGGCUCCCCAGUGAACAUCUUAAUCAUUUGGCCUAAUGAUUCCUACAAAGAAGCUGCUUUGAGAGUGUUCGAGUCUUACCCUUCAUGCCCAGUUGACCACGUUGACUUUUCUUCCCUCACUACCGGUGGUUUGAGCUCUGCAGACGUGGCAGUGUUUCUAGCUCCGGAGGUAAAAGAUUUGGGGAAUGUGAAGAGUGUUUCGGAUGAUUUUUACCCGAGGCCCGUGGUGGUAUUCAACCCCAGAUGGGCUUUUGAGGAGGAGAGUGAGUUUGGGGAGCUGAGUAGCUUUGUGGGGUCUUUUGAAGUGGUGUAUUCUUUCAUGGGUUUGGAGGUGAAAGGAAUUUUGAGCAAAAGAAGAGGAGUGAUUUUCAAGUGCGUAAGAAAUGGAGUUGUGAGUGGUGAGAAGUGGUCUGUGCUUGUUGAAGAAGAAGAAGGAGAGUUGAGGGUCAUCUCCAAGUUCAAAGCUCGGCCAUCAAUUGGUGAAGUUGAGAAUGUUUUGUAUAAUUUGAUGGCCGUCAACUCACCGGUGACCAAGUCUGUGAAGUUCUUGAAAGAUUUGGUGUCUAAUGUCACUGGAAAGAAAAAACAUACUUAAGACUUUGGACUUUGACGGAACAGAGUUUCUAAAUGGAAAACGACACUACCUCUCUUCUCUUCAUUUCCAUCUCUCUAUACGAUGUGCUGUUAGGGAAUAGGGACUUUGAUUGUUGGAGUAAAAGUACAGAAACCUCAUAUUCCAUUUCUACCAAAAAUCAAAAUUAUGGGGGUACCUUCACAAUGAUCCUUUU